AUGUCUCCAAUAUUGCUGGAUUCCCAAGACGUGCCAGUGUCUAAUCAGGUUUCCGUAAUCCCACAAUUCAAUAUCAUUCCUGCUAUUGAGCCAUUUUCUCCUGUCAGUGAAACAACAGUCAGUACUCCUAUUAGCCACAGUGAGGACACGUGGAAUGAAGUACAAGAUGAAGGAUCAAAUGAAAUGGAUGAUGGACCCGAGUACUUGGCUAUUGGGAACCUAGGGCGGAGGGAUUGCAGUUCAAGCCAGUGCAGUGGUACCUCCUCUGGUUCUGGGUGUGCAAAGCCACCAGGUAAACCUACAAAACAAGUUCCUACCAUUAGCUGCAGUACCACUCUGCUGGCUCUCCCAAGACGUUCCAGUUUCUCUGAGGCUGAGACCCUGGAACGACACGGCAGUUUCAAGAAGAGCCAUGUUCGUUCCCAUUCUGACACAGGUUUAGCAGCUGCAAGGACAUCGCGGACAGGAGACAUCCGAGAAAUCACUCUUAUAGUGGAGGAUCCAGUGGAAGAAUCCCAGGCAGAUGUCCCAAACAUGAAGGAAUAUGGCCCGUUCUCAGCUCAGAGUAGUGAGGUCAGCACUCCGAGCUCACCGUACAUGGAAGGUGAAGGUGUGAAGUAUAUAAGCAGCUCUGAUGGACUGUUCCGUCGUCCCUCCCAAGGCCAGUCACUGAUCAGCUACCUGUCUGAGCAGGAUUUUGGAAGUUGUGCUGAUUUGGAAAAGGAGAACGCUCAUUUCAGUAUCUCAGAGUCGCUGAUUGCUGCCAUUGAGCUGAUGAAGUGUAAUCUAAUGAAGAAGCAAAUGGAGGACGACGACGAGGACAGUGACAAGGAAAUACAGGAGCUCAAACAGAAAAUUCGCAUUCGACGUCAGCAGAUCCGGAACAAGAAAUUCCCGCCGGGAAUCCAGGAUGCCGAGUCUGACACCUUUACCACCACUGAGAGCGGGUCUCCCAUCAGCUCACACGGCUCUGCACCUCUGACUGAUUCAGGAUCCACAGAUGGAGUGGAUGAAUUUGAGCUAAAAGAUGGUAUUGAUGAGUCAAAUCUCAUUCAUAUGUCUGCGAAUGGGCUCUCAACAUCAAUGGCAUCCUUGUUUUCAGAUGCAGAUAUAAAGAGGAGUGUGGCUUCAAGCAACAAGUCUAGGAUGAAUUCCGCACCCAUCUCAUUCUCAUUUCUUCAUUCAAACUCGGCUGAAGCUGUUGCCAUGGGCCUUCUGAGGCAGUUUGAGGGGAUGCAGCUUCCGGCUGCUUCUGAGCUGGACUGGCUGGUUCCAGAACACGAUGCUCCUCAGAAGCUUUUGCCAAUUCCGGACUCCUUUCCAGUGUCCCCUGAUGACGGGGAACAUGCUGACAUUUACAAAUUACGGAUCCGGGUCCGAGGAAAUCUGGAAUGGGCGCCACCUCGACCACAAAUCAUCUUCAACAUUCACCCAUCGCCCAAGAGGAAGGUGGUCGUAGCCAAACAGAAUUACCGCUGUGCAGGAUGUGGCAUCCGAGUGGAGCCAGACUAUAUCAAGAGGUUGCGCUACUGCGAGUACCUGGGCAAGUAUUUCUGUCAGUGUUGCCACGAGAAUGCCCAGGCAAUUGUUCCAAGCCGAAUCAUGCGGAAAUGGGAUUUCAGCAAGUAUUACGUCAGUAACUUUUCCAAGGAUUUGUUGAGUAAGAUCUGGAAUGAUCCGCUUUUUAAUGUUCAGGACAUCAACAGUGCUUUAUAUCGCAAAGUGAAAUCCCUGGAUCAAGUCAGAAUGCUGAGAAUUCAGUUGGUUCACAUGAAGAAUCUGUUCAAGACGUGUCGGUUGGCAAAGACUCUCCUUGAUACCUUUGACACAGAACCUGGCCACCUUACUGAGGACCUCCACCUGUAUUCGUUGAAUGACCUGACAGCGGUAAAGAAAGGGGAGCUGACUGGUAGGCUCAGGGAGCUGGUGAAGACUGGAUUGGCACAUGUGGCGAAGUGUGUGCUUUGUCAAGCAAAAGGCUUCAUCUGUGAGUUCUGCAGUGACGACACUGACAUCAUCUUCCCUUUUGAGCUGAACAAAUGCAAGCGUUGUGAAGAAUGUAAAGCGUGUUAUCACAAAUCCUGUUUCACGUCCGAUCAGUGUCCUCGGUGUGAGAGGUUGCAAGCUCGGAGAGAACUGCUUGCCAGACAAAACACUGAACUAUACUUUUCCGAUCCAGAAGACGCACCCAGAAAGCAGCGAUUGUGACUCGUGAGAGGAGGUUAUAGACCAUUUGAAUGUUUGAAGUUCAAUUUAUUUUGAUGCACUAUCUCUAUAUGGGAGUUUGUAUUAGUCUUUCUGUCCUCUGUGUGCUAUAAUGAAGAUGCAAUCUGUAUUGCCAGAUGCAGACACCUUGGCAAGUGCUCCUUCUUGUGCUGAUGAAUGUUAAUAAUUUACUUGUCCAUCCUGGCUGCUUAAUGAGUUUAUUUAGAAGAGUGAUAUUGCCUACUUUGCUUCAUUUCAUUGAGGCUGGACUGAGGAGCAAACCGUAAUAGCAAUCACUUGCUGGCCUGUUGCAAUAGGUUUCUGUCCUGCCCUGAUUACGUCACAUGCUUUCAAUUAGCUAAAUCUUCAAUGUGUCUCCACUCUUUUCACUCCCUCCAUCCACUUUCCUCCAUCUUGUCUUUCUCCUCAUCUGUGUCCUAUUUAUCCUGGAUGAAGGAGGAUAUGUUCAACAUUGAAGUCAUGGCGGGUAAAUAAAGAGCAAUUUUAAGUUAUAAAGGCAGUAAAGUAAUUCUCUGCCUCUAGUAUUGUGUACUCUUGUUGCUUUUAGCUGAUAUUGUGACUGAUGCCCAAUAUUGCUUGGUUCAGGUGCAGCACUAUAGUUUAUGCUACACUGGCCUCACCUGGUGUUUUGAGGGCAGGAACCACAGGGAUAAUGAUGUCAUUAUAUCAAUUAAUUUAUUUUAAAAAAUCCUUUAAAAACCAUGUUUGAAUAUGCAGGUUCUGCUCCAUGGUGCUGAUUAGUAUAUUGCCACCCUGUUAAGAGUUAGUGUAACGUACCUCAGGCAGUCAAUGAGGCCUGCAGAAGGAGUUUGUUGUAAACUUAGCCUUUGUUGGUCUGAGAAUGGGGCGGGUGCUGCCAUUUAAGAAUCAAAUACUAUAUAUGAUUGAAAAGAAACCAUUGCUGUGUCCUGGUCAUUACUGCCUCUAAGCGCUGAACCAUCAAAGCGCCACAUUGUAAGAGAUCCGGGGUGCUUGUGUCUUGUACAGUUAUUUUAUCAAGGCCAUUUGAUUGUACUUCCCCCAGUGGUUUAAUUGGAAAGCCACUGUAUAGUUGAAACCGAGUCACACAGGCGGUCACGUCCCAGGGUCAGUCUCCAGUCUAUGCUGGAAGCUAUAUUCGGCCUUGCUUCCUUAAGGUUAGGGAGGGAAAAGUCAGUCAGGGAUCCUGCUCCUGAUCCCUUUCCUUGUGACCUCUAUAAAAAGUGGAUAUACUGAGGUGACGGAAGGAUUAAACUCGAUUGAUGCGCCCAACUUCAUAUAGUUUGUUAGCAUUUGAUUCCGGGCUUGCAUGCAAAGACUGGUCACUUAGGUGAAGCAGCCUUAAAACUGUAAAAGCUUUCAGGAUAGUUGAAG